AUGUCUAAAGAAGUGGCUGAGGAAUAUCUUUCGUCAUUAGCUGAUCUAACGGUGAACAGCAAACCUUUGAUUAACAUGUUGACAAUGUUAGCUGAUGAAAAUGUGGAUCAUGCUCCAGCCAUUGUCCAAGUGAUUGAGAAUCAUCUUGAAAAGGUACCACCUGAAGUUAAACUCCCUAUUCUAUACUUGAUAGAUUCAAUUAUCAAGAAUGUAUCAAAAGUUUAUGUGCCUCUCUUCACUCAAAAUAUCGUCAAUGUUUUCGUAUCUGUUUUUGAAAAGGUUGAUGAAAGAACAAGACUUAAUAUGUAUAAAUUAAGACAAACAUGGGCCGAUGUGUUUCCAGCGAGGAAACUUUACGUACUGGAUCUUCGAGUAAAAGAUAUUGAUCAUGCUUGGCCAGUUACUGCACCUACCCCUACGAGCAUACAUUUUAAUCCAAAAUUUUUAACAGUUUUGAGAGAGCAACUUCUUAAAAAGCAGCAAAUUUUAAUUGAGCUUCAACAGAAAAAACUUGAAUUGCAAUUAAUGCAAACAAAAGCAAUAAUUGAAGGUCAAGAAAAUCCAAUCGGAGAUUCCAAUAAUAGUAGUCAUACUAUGCUUAAUAAUUUAAUACGGCCGCCUUUGAAUGAAGAAGCUGCAAAAUUGUUUUCUCAAAGAGCUGCAUUAAAACCAAAAGCUGUUGUUAUGCCUCCUUCUGCCUCGUCGACUAAAUUCCUUAUAAAAGCAGCCAAAUCUAGGGAUCCUCGUAUAGCCAAACAACAACAACAACAAAGCAAAGUUUCGUCGGAAGUAACCGAUAAGGAGCAAGAAAUAUAUAAUAGGCAAUUAGCCAUGUUAAAAACUCCCGUCGUAGAGCAAGUGUCGCCGGUCGUUCCUGCUCAGAAAGUAUUAAGUGACUCCAAUGUCACAAAAAGUCAUAUAACAUUUAAUGUACAAAAUAAUUCGGAUAAAAGCAGAAUAGAUUCGAAAAAUAAGAAGGGUAGAGAAGGCUCUGUUAGAAAUUCGGAAAAUUCCAAAAACAAAUCCAAAACGGUGUCUGCCAAAGAAUUCAAAAACAAGUCUAAAACAUCGUCCACCAAAGAAUUUAAAAGCUCGCCGAGCAAGAGUUCGAAAAGCUCGUCUUCUAAAACAUCAAAAACGACAAUGAAAGAUUCUCAACGUCAAAGAUCAUUAUUGGACACGUCGAAAAUUUCAUCCAAAAACGAAUGUAAUAGUGAUUAUAAGAAAUCGGAUGGUAAAUCAAAUAAGAGUAAAGUGAAACUUCGCGAAAAGACAAAUAAAAGUUUACCGGAAAAUGUUCAACAAUCUGGUAAAUUAGUGUCGUUAGAUUUAGAACUGAUUGAAUCUAGUCCCUCGCCGGAGCCUCCACCUCCGCCCAUUAUAAGCGGACCACAAGACUCGUCUCACAAUGAAAGAAAAGAAGAAUUGGAUUUUGACGAAGUCAGCGAUGAAGAGAAAGAGAGAAAAAACGAAAUAACUGGUUUUAAAGAUAUAAAAGGGGUUUCAAAGGGAAGAAAUUACGUAAGGAGAAAUCGGGAGCAAUAUUCAAGUUCUCCUCCUUCGAAAGAAGUGACGGGUGACGUAGAUUUUCGUAAUGGCGGACCUGCCGAAAAACAGCCUCGGCUGUUAUUUGACGAAGAGAAAUCCAACAUAAUUGAAAUCUUGGUUACAGAAAGUUUAGUGAAUGUAUCGGGAAAGGAUGUGGAUUUAAGGCUUUUAACAAUGAGGGGUGGAAGUCCAAGCAAGAAGAGACUGUCAACUGAAACUCCAACCGAAGAACCCCCUAAAAAGAAGAAUAAAUCUGAAAUUUUCGAUGAAUUAUUUGGAAGUGAAGAUGUGGAUCUUCGUAAAAUAACCGGAGGAACCAUUAAUUCUGGAGACCGAUUGCCUUCCCCACCUCCACCUCCAGUUAUAUCUAACGGACCGAUAGUACCUCAAGUAGCCACCAUAGCACCUUUAAUCGUCGGUGAAAAUAACAAACCUUUACUUGGAGAUGGUAACAGCAGUGAAUUUUCAAGAGAAAAUCAAAUGGCAGAGGGUACUAUCAGAGACGCUUUUGAUAUAACUCGUGGUAGAUACAGAAGGAAUUGGACAGAUUUAAAAAUCAAACCUGAAGCCGAAAUAAAACCUUUAACAUUAUCAGCUCAAUUGGAAUUAGAAUUAGAAUCGAGAAAGGAUCAUCAAUUUUCAUCUUUUGAUUCUCUUGAAAAAGGUGGUAAAAAGCACUUUAAAGAAAGAACUUCUCGCGGGGAAUUGGAUAGAUUGGGAAGGCCACUAUUAUAUAACAAGCUUCCUAACGAUCCUAGAGCUAGAAGGGAAUCAUUGGGUGUUUUAGAUGGUCGCGAUACCGAUUUAAGAAGGUUGGAAAGUUUAAUGGAUAGAGAUUAUGAUACUAAUAUUAAUGUAAAUAUGAUCAUUGCUCAGGCAGCAGAUCAGGUUCGAAAUGGAACCAUGUCUUUACAAGAAUAUAAUGAACUUUUAAAGCAGGUGAUUCAGGUAAAUGAAAAGCAAAAAUUACGAGAAGCUCAAAAUAAAUCACGUCAAGAGAUACGAAGAACACAACAUCAUCAUAGAAAUAAUCGCCGGUCUCCGAAUCGUUUCGGGUCUCAAAAUAGAAAUAGUCCUCCAAUUAGACAAGAAGAAGAAAGACGAGGAGAAAGGCGUCCUUUUAAUGAUAUUGAUGAAAGGUUACAAAUGCCUUGGCGUAACAUGCAGCACAACGAUUCAGCACCUGUAAAAUCCGGGUUCGGUCGAUUGCCUUAUCAGUGCGGACCCAACAGGGCUCCAUUUGAUAUUUCUGAAAAUGAAGAUCGACAAAUUAAGUCGGAAGUUUGGGAUGAAGAUUCAAAAGGAUUUAGAAAAGGGGAUGAUUUUGAAAAUUCAGAAAACAGGCUGCGUGACGUCAUGUGUAACGAAAGAACGCAUGAUUGCGUGGAUGUUCCUCCCGCGGAUUCCAAGGUUCUCGAACUUAUUUCAAACGAUCCAAUGAAAAGUAUUAAUAUUGAUGGCACGGCACGAGAUAUUCGAUUUUACGGUGAUACUGCCAUUGUAAUGCUUUCGUGGGAUGAUCCAAAGGAAAUUAGUUUUGAAAAUGGAAUAAGAAGAGUUGCGAUAGGAGACUUAAGUAUUGUUUGUGCUUUAAACGAUUCAUAUAUAAUGUUCAUGUUGAAUGGAAAUCCCCACAGGCUUGGAGCGCCCACGCGAGAAUUGUACAUAGACGGAGAAUUUUACGAAGCUCAUUUUGGAGGACCACCGGUUCAAAUUAACAUAGACGGAUUACCUUAUUUAGUUCAAUUGGAGGGACCCCCUCCUCAAGUUAAAAUCGGUAAAAAAAGAACUGACUUAAUUUGCGGUAGAAUAAAUAUGAUAGUCGAUGCCACAGCUAUGUUACCCUUAUUUCUCGAUGCCAAGCCUCAGAGGUUCGAUCUCAGAUCUAGACCCUAUAUAUUUAGAUUAGUUAAUAAUUUAAAAACCUUACUUGUUAAUGAAGUUCCUGUUGAUAUCCAGUUUGGUGGAGGUUGUCGGCAAAUAUGUGGUUAUGGAAAUUUACACUUUUUAAGGUUUGUGCCUUUUCCUCUUCACCUUUCACUGUGUCGUGUAAAAAUUGUCAACAUGGAAAAUUCGGGAGUGCCGUCGUUAAGCAACGUUGCCAGCGGUAAAAAUUCUCCUUCGGCCAAUACAACUCAAACGUCGGACAGCACAACAUCUAAUUCGAAUGUCGAUUCUGUACCUCAAUCAACGCCCCGGUCUACUGGUGCUCCCUUAGACAUUUUAACGAGUUUAAUGAGUGGAACAUCAGCACCAGAACAAUCAGUCGGAUUUAGUUAUCAAGUUGAAAGUAAAGAUGUUCAACAACCGGUACAAUCAUCAACACCACGACCAGAAACAGAAACGGCUACAACAACGCAAUCUCAACCGUCAACCAUUCCUCUUUUGGGAAGUGGUAUCAACAUUAAUGAUUUAUUCCAACGAUUGGUUGCCACCGGUAUUGUGCCAACGUUAUCCAGUUCGUUGAAUAGCAGUCAAAAAUCACAAAAUGAAGUACAAGCAAAACCGAUUGAUUUUAGUGAUACAAAUUCUUUGAGAGAAAGGCAACCCCCAGUCAUCAAUUCAUUAUAUUCAGGAAUACAAUGUAGUUCGUGCGGUGUGCGAUUCUCCCCCGAAGAAACCGUAAAAUAUUCAAGACAUUUGGAUUGGCAUUUCAGGCAAAAUCGUCGAGAAAAAGAUGCAGCGAGAAAAGGUCAAUCUCGUAAAUGGUACUACGAUGUUUCCGAUUGGAUACAAUUUGAGGAAAUUGAAGAUUUAGAAGAAAGGGCUCAAAGUUGGUUCGAAGCAGAAGCAUCUUCCAACGGCGAUGAAAAUAACGAACAAGAAGAAUUAAAAAGUGUUCCCGCGCCAUCGGGACAAGGUACCACUUUAUGCGAUUUAUGUCGGGAUGAAUUCGAAACUUACUACAACGAAGAAAAAGAAGAAUGGCAUUUAAAACCGUGCAUCGUUGUGGGAGAAAAAUAUUUUCAUCCCCUUUGUUACGAAGACUUGAGCAAUGUGAAUUCGUUAAUUGCCGAAAAAACAAUUGAUGUAAAUUCGAUUGUUACGAAAGAAGAAGAAGAAUCGUUUGAAGAAAAAAUAACAAGUUCGGAAAAAAGCGAAACGGAAACGGAAGACAAAAAUGACGAAUCAAAUGUUGACAAUGUAACAAUUGCACCCGCAAUAGACUCGGAGGAAUAUGUCGAAUUCAAUGAAAAUAUUCAGGAAACGGAAAACGAAGAGAACGAUGUCGAAGUCGUUAAAACUCUUUUAAACGAACUUAUCAAUUGCAUCGUGUUUAAAAACGAAAUGAAUUUGUCUGAUGAAACAAUGAGUAACAAUGAUCAGGAAGAAGAGAUCGAAGUGUUAGAAAGCGUUUCCGUCGAAUCGAAAAAAAAUAUUAUUGACGUGGAUUUGAUAGAGAAAUUGGACGACGAAGAGGAUGACAUUGUGUACCAGCGGAAAACGCCAUCGCCCGUAGUUUUAAUACCUCCCUCGAAAAUAAAACAAGAGCCCGUCGACGAAAUGGAAUCACCCGUGGCAGUAGUCGAUCAAACGGUUACCAACGUCGUUGCGUCCAUCGAUGGAAACGUUGAAAUGAUAGAUGCGCCACAGGUAACGCCAUCGGCUCCGAGCAGAAUAAAAAUAACAUUUAACAAACCGAUAACGGUUGAAAAUACGGAAAAACAAAACGUGAAAGAAGCUCAAGACGUGACGUCACCACCGGAAGAAGCAGAUCCCGAUCCGUUACCGCUCAAACCGAAAAAACCGAGAAUCGCGGAAAGGGAAAUGACCGUUUAUCUACCGUGCGUGAGAGGAACCGAAGUUUCUGGAUUGUGUUCGAUUAUGUAA